GUAGACUUCAGAUCAGCUUGAGUCCUCCCUUCAAAAGACAUCUUGAAGACAGGCAAGGAUUAGUGGCCCACCCUAAACAAAUCCAACACUUCAGCUACUUCGAUACUUCACGCUCAUGGCUUUUGCAAGUCCACCAUCGUCUGUAACCCAGAAAUCCAGAAAAUGGCCGUGUUUUCCCUUUUCAAUAUCGUUUCCUUCGACAAUGGACCAUGUCCCAGUUCAAGCUCCGUUGGCAGUGGAAAUAAUGGGAAUCGAAAUGGCACAUGUUACGCAACCAAUGAAUGCCUCCAAAGGGGAGGGAGUGCCUCAGGAAAUUGUGCAGCAGGUUUCGGUGUCUGUUGUGUUUUCUAUUUAUCGUCAGGUGGAACAACAUCUCAAAACUGCACUUAUCUUCGAAAUGACAAUUUCCCGUCUGGAUUAACGGGAACCAAUGGGCAGAGCUUUACCAUCAACAAGUGUUCUUGCGAUGUUUGUUAUUUGAGAUUGGACUUUUUGACCUUCUCUCUCCUUGGUAUGGUUGAUAGCUUAGAAAUAAUGGGGGGGACUUGCCAGGACUCCCUUAAAGUAACAUCGAGUUCCAAUGAGCCCAUCCCAGAAAUUUGUGGACAAAAUUCUGGGCAGCGGAUGCUCAGGGAAUGCCAAAUUGGAUUUUUCCUUCACUGGCGCUGCAUCAACGAGAAUUUUUGAGAUUAAGGCAACUCAGGUUAAAUGCGGGUCUCAAUCCACGUAA